AUGUCAUAUUUUAAUUCAGUCAGAACUCCACUUGUUAAAACUAUUGGAUUUUUAAAAUUCAAUCCAAGUACUUAUCAAGUUAGACAUUUAGAUUUACAUGAAUAUCAAAGUAAACAAUUAAUGGAUAAAUUUGGUGUUAAUACCCAAAAAUGGAGAGUCGUUAAACAAGCAAACGAAGCAACCAAAGCUGCAGACGAAUUAAAUGCUAAGGAAUUAGUAGUUAAAGCACAAGUACAUGCUGGUGGUAGAGGUAAAGGUCAUUUCAUCGAAACUGGUUUCAAAGGUGGUGUUCAUCUCUGUAAAACUGGUAAAGAAGCUGAACGUCUUUGCAAAGAAAUGUUAGGAAAACAUUUAGUUACUAAACAAACCACUGCUGAAGGUACCAAAGUUCAAUCAGUUAUGUUAGCAGAAUCAGUUGACCCAGCUCGUGAAUUAUAUUUAGCCAUUGUUAUGGAUCGUAAAUAUGGUGGCCCAGUUAUGAUCGCCUCACCAAAAGGUGGUGUUGAUAUCGAAAGUGUUGCUGAAGAAACUCCAGAACUUAUCUUUAAAGAACCAAUUGAUAUUAUUGGUGGUAUUAAAUCAGAACAAAGCAAACGUCUCGCUGAAAAAUUAGGUUUCACUGGUGAAAAAGUUGCCAUUGCUCAAAAACAAAUGGAAAAUCUUUAUCAAUUAUUCAUCAAAUGCGAUGCUACUCAAGUCGAAGUCAAUCCAUUCGCCGAAACUACCGAUGGUAAAAUUUAUGCCAUGGAUGCUAAAAUCAAUUUCGAUGAUAAUGCCUCAUUCCGUCAAAAAGAAAUUUUCGCCAUGAGAGAUUUUGCUGAAGAAGAUCAACGUGAAGUCGAAGCCUCCAAAUUUGGUCUCAACUAUAUUGGUCUCGAUGGUACUAUUGGUUGUAUGGUCAAUGGUGCUGGUUUAGCUAUGGCCACUAUGGAUAUCAUUAAAUUAAAGGGUGGUACACCAGCUAACUUCCUCGAUGUUGGUGGUAGUGCCUCAGAAGAAGCUGUCACUGAAGCUUUCAAAAUUGUUACCAAAGAUCCAAGAGUCAAAUCUAUUUUAGUUAAUAUUUUCGGUGGUAUCAUGAAAUGUGAUAUCAUUGCCUCAGGUAUUGUCAAUGCCUCAAAACAAAUUGGUUUAACAAUUCCAUUAGUUGUCCGUUUAGAAGGUACCAACGUCCAACUUGGUAAACAAAUUUUAGAAAAAUCUGGUUUAAAUAUUAUUACUGCUAAUGAUUUAGACGAUGCCGCCGUUAAAGCUGUUGCAACUUUAAAAAAUUAA